AUGUCACAGUCUCGACCAUUGGGAGUAGGCAUUAUCGGUGCGGGGGAAGUCUUCCAAGUCUGCCAUGGGCCCUGCUUACUGCUGCUAUCACACCUCUUCAAGCUACAGUCAAUCUGUGACGUGUCAGCCAAAACAGUCGAGCACUGUGCAACGAAGUUCUCCGUUCCCCAUAAAACAACCACACCUCAAGAUGUCAUCGACAACCCCAACGUCGAGAUUGUCUUCAUACUCACAUCCGACGAGAGCCACGCUCCCCUAACAUGCGCAAGUCUAAAGGCAGGGAAGAACGUCUUCAUUGAGAAGCCAGUCUCCCUCUCACUGCCUUCCGUGCAAUCAAUCAUUGACGCGGAAAAGAACGCAGGAGGCGCCCGUGUGUUCGUCGGAUAUAUGCGUCGUUACGCCCCCAGCUUCCUCGAAGCAUUUAAACGUGAAAUUUCGUCAAUCCCGAAAAUUAUGUAUGCGCGUGUCCGCGACUUCAGUGGGCCGAACUUCAACUUUGUCAGUCAGAGUGGUACAUUCUCAGUCAAGCACAAUGAUUACCCGCCCAACGCCGCGGAAGAGCGUAACACUCGACUCGAGGCGCUGUUCAAGGAGGCUUUCCCCAACCAGGAAAUCACGGAUGAGAAGCGGAAGUUCUGUCGUUUCCUUGGUAGCCUUGGCUCGCAUGAUAUUUCUCUCAUGCGUGAGGUUCUCGGGUUCCCUGAGCGGGUGAAUGGCGUUACGGCCAAUGAUCCGUUCUACAGCGCUAUCAUGACAUUCCGCAAUGCGGACGGUUCGACGUACUCUACGACUUAUGAGAGUGGUAUUGACGAGGUUCCUGUCUUUGAUGCACACAUCGCGGUGUACGGCGCUAAGAAGAGAGUUACUCUCAAGUUUGAUAGCCCAUAUGUCAAAGGUCUUCCCAUUUAUGUGGAGGUUGAUGAGGUGAAUGAACAAGGGGAGAUCCAGCACCGGAAGAUGCUUUCCUCCUAUGAGGAUGCUUAUACUGCCGAGCUCCAGGAACUGUAUGAGGUCUUCGCCAAUGGAAAGUCGAUCAAGUCGACUUUGUCAGAUGCGAAACAGGAUCUUGAAAUCUUUGACAUGUUUUAUAAGAGUUGGGCUUCCAAAUAA